UUUCAUAUAAAUAUCAUCCCGAAAUGUUUGUUCGGCAUCAGUCCUUUACGUGACUUCAUUUGAUCUACAGAGAUCUUCUCUCCACCAAACACCCCGAAUUAGUCUGACUCGUCCAAUUGACGAGAUACCAUCUUCUUAAAUUCAGGAUCAAAUCAGAAGACAAUGAAUAAAUUUUCGAUAUUUAUCGCGCUUUUUGUCGCAAGCCAUGUCUGCGUGGCUCAAAACGGCUACAAUUACCAACGCCCCGAAGGCCCGAGCACCGUAUCACCACUCCGUCCAGGCUCACAAGGUGGAUUUGGAACAUCACCCGCUUUCCCAUCUCCAUCAUCGGCAUUCCCAACAGGUGCGGGCGCAACCACCCCAGCAUACAGUUCAACAGGCUACCCAAGUGCAGGUCGUCCUACUGGCGGUGCUCAAUUCCCCAUUGGACCAUCAACCGGCACUGGCGGAUUCCCUGGUCAGGUUGAUGGUGGUGUAACCCCAUCUGCCCCUGGAUUUGGAUCAACACCAGCUGGCGGUGCACCAGGUUUUGGAACCUCCCCCGGUGGACGCCCAGGAUUUGGAGGACGACAAGGAGCUGGCCCAACUGGACCUACCGGGCCUACUGGAUCGACUGGCCAACCAGGAUUCCCAACUGGAGCGGGUGUCACUGGACCAGCAAGACCAGGAUUUCCAGGAACAGGAUUGUCAACUCCAACCGGACCAGCUGGUGUUGGAUUCCCAGGUGCUCGCCCAGGAACUACUGGAUUCCCAGGAGCAGGUGGAGCUGGUGGACAAUUUGGUGGAUCGCAAGAUGAUGGAUCAUACGAUGGUGAUUACUCAGCUAUUCCCGGCGAACCAGGACAGGACUAUCCAAUCUACUCAGAAAUCCCACAAACAUCAUUUGAUUGCAACGCCCAACAAUGGCCAGGAUACUAUGCUGAUGUUGAAGCUCAAUGCCAAGUUUUCCACAUCUGCGCCUUGAACAGGACCUACGAUUUCCUUUGCCCCAACGGUACAAUCUUCAGUCAGGAACAUCUUGUCUGCGUAUGGUGGAAUCAAUUCGACUGCCAAAGCGCUCCAUCUUUGUACGGAAACAACGCUUACAUCUAUGAUUACUCACAAACAGGACAACAGGCUGGAGGCUUCGCUGGUGCCCAAGGACAAAUUGGUAUCCCAUCCGCACCAGGUACACAAGGACAAACAACUGCUUUCCCAGGGGCCGGCCAGCGCCCAGGCACUGCAGGUGUAGGAGGAUUUCCAUCUACUGGACGCCCAUCUGGACCUAGCUCAUCGUUCCCAGGAACUACCGGACCACAAGGACCAUCCUCCAGCUACCCCGGCGCAACAGGACCACAAGGACCAAGUGGCCCAGCAUAUACAGGAGCAACUGGACCUCAAGGCCCAUCCACAUCAUAUCCAGGAGCAACCGGACCACAAGGACCAUCAACAGUUUACCCAGGAGCAACUGGCGCUGGACAAACUCCCGGUUUUGCUGGAUCCACUACUGCCCCUGGAUUUCCAGGAUCUCAAGGACCAGGCGGUCCAGCAACCAGUGGAUUCCCAACAACCGCUCGACCUGGUUUCCCGAUCCAAGACAACUCGCAAUUCCCCUCAGUUACCCCACAGGCACCAACACGGGAAUAUUUACCACCUCGAAGGUCGUAAAAGAUUAACGUGUUAUAACGCAAUCAUUUUUAAGUCUCAUCUGGUACUGACCGGGUCGUUGAAAUCCUUGUCUACUUCCUCAUCGUAACUUCAAGUGGAAUAUUCACAAACUUGCGUCGAGCACUGAAGUGUUCAAAACUAAACACUGCGCGAUGCAUAUAGCAUUCCACUUGGAUUCUCUUGCAUUUAUUAUCUUUAUUACUUUAAUUUAGCAAUCAUUCCCACAAACAUACGAUACGGAGGCUCCUAAGAUAUGAUAAGACCAGUAUUACCAAGCGCGCGCUACAUACAAUUGAAAGUUACCAUUUUUUUGCAAAAAAAAACGAACACAUAAUACCUUUUUUAAGUAGUGUGAUGAAAUAUAUGAGGUAUAUUUGCGACGGAGAGAAAAUAGGCACAUCUACCUAAAAGAGGUAUUGUAAAUGCAAUAUUCUUAAGAACCUUCUUGCCUUCAUUUGUAGAUCAACACGUUUCUGAUUUUGAUCCCGAUUUUCUUCGUUCAUUACGACAUAUCUAAAUAUUUUAUGUAAUUAUUACCUUAUUCAUCAUUUAUGUCAUUAUGGCCAUGUGUAUAAAAUUUUCAUUGUAUAUUUUAUUAUAAAAAUAUAAAAGUGUAAAAAUUAAAUCUUCA